CCUUCUCCUGCAGUGAGCAACAGGUCUAAAUCCUGUCUGUGGACGGUUGUGAAGAGCUUGUGGUUGUUGAAAACAAAAGGGCCUGAAACAUUCACUCUCAAUAUUUUAAUUCACACACUGUUCCCGAACGUCUUUAAACUGGAGCAAUGAUAUUUCGGACAGCAGUAGAGCAUGCUAAGAAGCACCCUGGACUGAUUCCCCAGUUCUUCUUCAUCUGUUUGGGAAUGGGCGGGGCAGGUCUCUAUCUGAUCCGGUUGGCCAAAGGACCCCACGUCACCUGGAACAAAACCAAUAACCCUGAGCCAUGGAACAAACUUGAUCCCACUUACCAGUACAAGCUUGUGGCCAUCACCACAGACUAUAAAAACCUGAAGAAGGAGGGACCUGAGUACUGAAUCUCUCACCAUUCUUCUCUCACAAGCCAGAGUGGAAAAGUAACAGAAAUGCCUGAUCUAGGUUCAGAUUACCUCCCUCCCCCCUUUUUGAUGUCCUCACUGCAGGUGGAAGGUGAAAUGCAUCCUAAAUCUGUAAACUUCACUGUCUCUUUGCUAAGCAGCUGGUGAUCUUGUAAAUGUGAGCAGUGGAUGGAUCCUGAUGGCACAUAUGAAUAUUAGAAAACUCAAAAUAUGUAGUAUUUCUACAUACAUUUAUGCAGGAGAGAUUAUGACACACAUGUGCACGUGAUCCCCUUAUGUCUAAACUUUCCUCGUCUGUUUCACUCAUAUAUUCACAAACUAAAGAAUAACCACCAAGAGCUGGAGACAUUUUACUGACGACUGCAUGUGUUUCUUCAUCACGGGCACACGAUUGUAUGUUUAGCAGCCACUAAACUUAGCAGUCACUGUGUAAGUUGUGAAAAAGGCAAAGAUGCAUAAACUGAGCUGGACUGUUUCAAUAAAUAAGCUGUCUGAUUCAUUGGAAA